UCGUCAAUCGUCGCUCAUAUCAGUCAAGAUGAAGCAGCUCCUCCUCCUCUCCGUGCUGGCGGUUGCGCACGCGCAGUUCCAAAAUGGCCGCAUCCUGGAACCACCUGUACCCUCGCAGUGCGUGCAGAGGAUCAUACACGAGAGAUACUCCGACAACAAGGGUUACUUCUUUUCAUGGCGGGAUCCGUCUCUUCGCAACGUCGAAUACGACUGGCUAACCGCAAGGAACUACUGUCGCCAGCGCUGCAUGGACCUCGUCUCCUUGGAAACCAGCGACGAAAACGAAUGGGUCAAAGCCAGAAUUACACAAGAUAAGGUGAAAUACAUCUGGACGUCUGGUCGUCUCUGCGACUUCAAGGGCUGCAACCGGCCCGACCUGCUGCCCAACGAGAUCAACGGCUGGUUCUGGACGGCCGAGCUGCAGAAGUUGGCGCCCACCACCAACAGACAGCAGAACGACUGGUCUGAAGGCGGCGGCAUCGGCAAACCUCAGCCAGAUAACAGAGAGCUCAUCCAAGGAGGAGCGGCGGAACACUGCGUGGCCAUCUUGAACAACUUCUACAACGAUGGCGUGCACUGGCACGACGUCGCCUGCCACCACGUGAAGCCAUUCGUGUGCGAGGAGAACGACGCCCUCCUCAAAUACGUCCGCUACACCAACCCCAACUUGAGAGUUUAAACUUGCUUGCAUAGUGUCGUGCUGACUUCCUGAUGACUACCAGGGCCCAGUAGGCCUACUACGAAACCGUUUUGCGACUCAAACAAUCGGACGAGAA